ACUAGCCGCAUCCGACACAAUGGCACAAGUAAUGACGAUGAUGUGGCAACUCGAGCCAAACGCUCUGCCGUCCACUAUGGAAUAAUUAUAGAAUACGGAAAAAUCCAAAGUUGAGAGAUAAGUACAAAAAUGAUUCGCGCGUUCCAAAACCCUUCUCAAAGAAACCGACAAGAUCAACAUUAGGGAUCUACGAGAAAACACAUGAUCUGUCCUUCCAUCUGCCCUGGAGAAACGAAUAAUUCGACAAUGCCACUAGCUCAAAUGUCGGGGAUAAGAACAUGGAAAACGCCGUCAACAUCCUUGUCCCAUUGUAGCAGGCUAUCUUUCAAAAUCAAUCCACUUUCCCUCAGCUUGUUCGGGCGCGACCUCUCAGCCCCAAUACCCUUUCAUCCGAAAGAAGCGCUUAUCCAUAUAUAUGUAUUCUGAAUGUAUAUACAUCCGUAUGUUGACAUGCAGGGCCCAAGACGACAGGGUGUAUUCCUGUUCUUUUUCUCGUCGUGUCUCACUUGGACCAGCCCAACGGAACCGGCGAUGGCUCCAUUUACGUUGCAUUUUUCAUCUGGUAGCACUUCCAUACGAAAACAGGCAACACUUCCUCAUGUACCAGCCCAUCAACCAAUGUGGUGCACCAGUCCAUACCGCGCAAGUAUGGCUCUCCCUGACCCCUCGAAGGGGAAAAAAAGUUUCCACAGGGUUGAUUCCGCCGUUUUGCGAACCGGGAUGUGUAUAUCAAGGUAAACUACGGGGUAAAGGCAAAGUCAUAGUCCUCCAUACGGAGUAGUGUUUUGGCAUCACUUGGGACCACAAAGCGCCCGCGCCCGCAUGUAUUACAAUGGAAAUUGCCAGCUUUGAUUCCAAUUUCCAAUCCAAGUGCAUUGAUAACCUUUCCCUUGCACGGAUACCCCACAGAACCAGAUAUGCCAGGGAAACACAAUGAUCCUGAACUGGUGAUCAAAAUCUGAUUGGCAAAGCACAAAACUCAGGAAAAGACCCCAAAGGGCCAUCUUGAGAUCGACAGGAGAUCCAGUAGGGGAGGGAGCAAUGAGGCUAAGUGCAUACGGAUUGAAACUUGAUCAGUGUAUCAAGCUACCCCCUAAUUUAUGAUUGCAGGACAACUAAAGUGCUUUCUUUACAAAGAACCAUAUUAUAGUCAGUGAGCCAUUCCAAGGUCCGGGAGUCAUGUAUAACUAGACAGCCCUCACUUGCUUUGAGAAACAGUGUGAGUGUUUGGACUCAACCUGCUGAGCUACCUAAUAUUAAAUUUUCCUUUGAAAUGAGCCUACAUGAGGACCGCACGGGAUCCCUCUUGCAGGGUCAUGGCAUAGACAUCGGGGAAAACACGAUGGCUGGUGCUCUAUCGUCCAUUUUAUCAGGUCUUGCUACGCCUUUGCCCCUCUGGUUACCCUUUUAACUACCCUUUCCCUCCUUAUUUGAUCAGACUAUAACAGGCAUAUCUCGGUUCCUGCUUAGAAGUACAGAGUGGGCUUUCAGCAUUAUUUUUCAAGUUUAGGGUAGCAACUUUCACAAGAAAGGAAAACCCUGCGCGUUUUGGCGGUGACCUAGUUAGUGGAAUCAGGACAAGCGGGUAGGUGGUCAGGUAGGGGCGGCUAUAUUGGGUUCGCAACGUAACCGACAGCGACAUCUGAGCAGAGGCAUGUUUCGGGAGCCUAUUUGUUCGGUGUCUUAUUUAUAUCAUAUCGAUCUACUCAGUGGCAUGGCUACCAGAU